AUGCGUUCCCUUUUUCAAGGAUACCGUCCUAUUUUCAAGCCUCAUUAUCUGGGGUGGGAGGCAGAAUCACUGCUGCGCCUGAGUCCUCCCCAGCAAAUGUGCUACUACGAUGGCAAAUUGUUUGGCGGAUACAUUGCUCUCCUGAUGGACCGGAUUAUCGCCGAUUGCUGCAAACGUGACAAACCAGCCUUCACUGCCUACCUGAACACAUCGUUCAUUCAAUCCGUUCAACCAUCAGCGCCAAUACUUCUCCGAGCAUGGCCAGAAAAGGUCGAAGGUCGGAAGGUUUUUCUCAAAGGUUCUAUACAAAUCCCUGGAAAGGCACCUCAUGAUUGGGUUGAUGCUAUUCGGACAGAGGCGCUCUUCAUUAGGCCAAAACCCUGA